GACUUCUGUUUUGGGUGAUAAAUCUACAGCCUAAAUAAUUUUCCAUCGUGAAAUUUUUGCUUGUUUUUAACAUGGCGGAGCUUGGACUUCAUGGACUCCUCCUUUUGAUGAUUUCUCUGACCAAAUAUCUGGAGGGCACAAAGCUGUUGGCAGGCUUCAAAAAAUGUGGUGACUUGGAAUGUGAAACUUUAAUAAGUAGAGCCUUCGCUGUGACAAAUUACAGAGGUCCUGACUGCCGAUUCCUGAACUUCACUGAGGGAGAUGAAAUAUCUGUUUAUGUGAAGCUUACAGGAGAAAGGGAAGACUUAUGGGCAGGAAGUAAAGGAAAGGACUUCGGAUAUUUUCCCAAAGAUGCAGUCAGAGUUGAAGAGGUGUUCAUACACAAGGAAGUUGAAAUAUCAACUAAAGAAUCUGACUUUUUUUGUCUUCUUGAAAAAAGCUAUAUAUUUGGUAAUGAAGAAAACGAACAAAAUACUGAUAGUGGUGAAAACAUAUUUCCAUAUAAAGAAGAUGAAGACCAAAGCAUGAGUAUAUAUGAAAGUGAUUUUCAGAUAGAAUCUGGAUAUGAUCAAACUUCUAAAAGUACUUUGUUUGAAGAUCAGUUUCCACCAUCAGAAGCUCCUGAAGAUAUCAGAAGAACCAGUACAUCAAAAGACUGGGAAGGAGUAGAAAUUGAAAAUGUGGAACAGAAUUCUGUUCCAGAAAAGGAUCAUAAGACACAAUUCUCAUCUGUGCCUGAAGGAAAACAAUGGUUUGAAUUCAAAAGGGAACAAACUAAAGGACUGACUUUUGAAGCAGUUACUAAACUUCCACAAGAAAUUUCAUUUCAAAGUAGAAAAAUGGCUGUAGGUAGUGAGAGUGAUGCAGGGGAAUUAAAUAUUGGUGAUUCUCAAAUGGAACAUAUCCAAGAACCAGAACCAGAAUUUGAUUUAAUGACAAAGAAACAGUCUGAACUGGAGUCUGAGAAGAUUUUAGAACCUCAAACUACUCAUUGGUUUGAUGGUGGAUUUAAAACUUAUUUAGGUUUUGGAAGUGAGGAUACAGAAUUUGAACUACCCUCUCAAGAAAGAAAUCCACCUCUAGAAGAUGUUCCUAAUUCUGUACCAUCUGAUGAAGAAGCUACAGUUCCAUGUACAGAAAUCAAAACAGAGACAGAGAAAAAAGACUCACUCGCUAAUGGUAGCUCAAUUUUCAAGCCAAGUUGGCUUGAUUUUGGUUUUGGUAUGCUAGCUUUUGCAUAUGCUAAUGAAGAUAAGAGUAUAUCAGAUGCUGGAAAAAAUAAAGAAGGUGGUGAAGGAGAUAAACAUGAACAUCUUCCAAAUGAAUUAGACCUUGAUAAAGAACAAGAAGAAAAAAUAAUAAAAACCAUAGAAACUGAUGAUCAAACAGUUAAUGAAAUAGACUUAAACAAAGCAGAUGAUUCUGAUGCCAUGGCAUAUUUUCAGAAGAUUUUUAAUAAUUUUGACAAUCCUUGGAACUUCCAGAACAAUCCAAAUGAAAUUGAAUUGCCUUUUCCUGAACUCAUACAGGAUGAAGACCAAGUUUCUAAAAGAGAAUUGCCUAAGAAAAUUAAUGAAGACAUGCAUUUCAAAAAUUAUGAUGAAAAAUCAAAAAUAUUAGAUUAUGAGGAUAUCUCUGAGUUGGAAACAGACAUAUUAGUGGAAAAUGCCCUAUUAAACAGUGAGUUGUUUUCGACUGGUAACUCCUUGUCUUCUCAUAAAGAAGAUACUUCUGAGUAUCAGAUUCUGAAAUAUUUAUUUCAAUUUGAUGUUUAUGGUAUUGUGAGUUCUGCCUUUUCACCAAUUGGAAUGCUUAUAGAAAUGGUUGUGGCAACAUUGCCUGAAGAUAUGAGACCGGGCCCUAAUCUUUAUGGUUUUCCAUGGGACUUGGUGAUAUGUGUAGCUAUUAUUGGAAUAUUUGCUGUUCUCUUACUUUUGUGGAGAAGUUUUCGAUCAGUUAGAAGCCGACUUUAUUUGGCAAGAGAGAAAAAGCUUGCUGUAGAACUUUCUUCACAAAUUGAAAAAAAAUGUAACCUACUUGAAAAAGUGAGCCUUCUUCGAAAAGAGUAUGAAGGUUUAGAGCCAUCAUUAAAGGAUGCCAGCCUUGAGGAGUCAGCAGAAGCACAGAGCUUGGAGGAAAUGUAUGAAAAGUUGAACAGGACCUUAAAUCUGAAACUUGAGGAGGAAAUACUGUCUCUAGAAGAACAGUUAAAAGAAAGAGAAAUCCAAACAUUUCUGAAACAAGAUGAAUUGAUGGUGGAUAUCUCUAAUAAGAUUCAGUCCUUAGAAGAUGAAUCAAAACUCUCAAAUCAACAAGUAGCUGAAACCAAAACAACCUUCAAAAUAUUUCAAAUGAAUGAAGAAAGACUUAAGAAUUCUAUAAAAGAUGCUGUGAGUGAAAAUUCCCAACUUCUGGAAAGCCAAAAACAGCUUUUUCAAGAAGUUGAAACAUGGAAGGAACAAGUAAAUGAACUGGAUAAACAGAAAAAAAUAUUUGAAGCCUCCAAAGUGGAUACAGAAAAAGUUCAUAUAGACAAAGAAAAUCAGAUCAAGUCUCUGACUGAACGCUUGAUGAAGAUGAAAGAUUGGGCCACUGUGCUUGGAGAAGACAUAAAAGAUGAUGAUAACCUGGAAUUGGAAUUGAAGAGUGAAUCGGAAAAUGAAAAUUUACCAAAAGGAGCUUUGAAGAAAUUGAUUUAUGCUGCUAAGUUAAAUGCUUCUUUACAAACUCUAGAAGGAGAAAGGAACCAAAUUUACACUCAAUUAUCUGAAAUAGAUAAUAAAAAGGAAGAGCUUACAGAGUAUAUUAAAAAUCUUCAGGCUGAACAAGCAUCUUUGCAAUUAGAAAAUACACAGUUUGAAAGUGAGAAUCAAAAGCUCCAGCAAAAACUUAAAGUAAUGACAGAACUGUAUCAAGAAAAUGAAAUGACACUUCACAGGAAAUUGACAGUAGAGGAAAAUUACCGGUUAGAGAAAGAAGAGAAGUUGUCUAAAGCAGAUGAAAAGAUCAGCUAUGCUGCUGAAGAGCUGGAGAUGUAUAGGAAGAGAGCCAAAGAUCUUGAAGAAGAAUUGGAAAGAACCAUUCAUUCUUAUCAAGGGCAGGUUAUUUCCCAUGAAAAAAAAGCACAUGAUAAUUGGUUGGCAGCUCGGACUGCUGAAAGAAAUCUCAGCGACUUAAAGAAAGAAAAUGCUCAUAACAGACAAAAGUUAACUGAAACAGAGCUUAAAUUUGAACUUUUAGAAAAAGAUCCUUAUGCAUUUGAUGUUCCAAAUACAGCCUUUGGCAGAGAGCAUUCCCCAUAUGGUCCCUCACCAUUGGGUCGACCUUCAUCUGAAACGAGAGCUUUUCUCUCCCCUCCAACUUUGUUGGAGGGUCCACUCAGACUCUCACCUUUGCUUCCAGGGGGAGGAGGAAGAGGCUCAAGAGGCCCAGGGAAUCUGCUGGAUCAUCACAUGACCAAUGAAAGAGGAGAUUUAAGUGAUCGCUUAACUGAUCCUCAGAGAGCAUCUUCUGACACUGGUUCCCUCUCACCUCCAUGGGACCAGGAUCGUAGGAUGAUGGUCCCACCUUCAGGCCAUCCAUGUCCGGAUCCAGCUUUUCCUCCACAAAGACAAGAUAGAUUUUAUUCUAAUUCUGGUAGACUAUCUGGGCCAGCAGAACUCAGAAGUUUUAAUAUGCCAUCUUUGGAUAAAACAGAUGGACCAAUCUCUUCAGAAAUGGAAUGCAGUAGAAAUGAUAGCAAAGAUGAUAUUGGUAAUUUAAAUGUGCCUGAACCACCUCUUUCUUCUGAAAACGAAGCAGCUGGCCCUGGCUUUUUUCCCCCACCGCCUCAUUCAAUCAGAGGUCCAAUGUUUCCAAUGGAUGCCAGGGGCCCGUUCAUGAGAAGAGGGCCUCCCUUUCUUCCACCUGCUCCAGGAAGCAUGUAUGGUGCUCCUCGAGAUUAUUUUCCACCGAGGGAUUUCCGUGGCCCACUACCUCCUCCAUUCCCAAUGAGAAAUGUCUAUGCACGAAGAGGUUUUCCUCAAUACUUUCCUCCAAGAGCUGGAUUUUUCUCCCCACCACCACAUCCCUGAGAGUAGAA